ACUACACAACCCAGGAAACCCUAGAACUGCCAGGUAACAAUGGGGCACCGUCCUUUAACUGAAAGCUAGGCCGUGGAGCUUUCGAGCUAGGCCCUUUUCCAGGGGUUUCUGUACCCGAGUGAUUCCUGGUGGCCGAAUCGGGCCGAGAUGGAAAUGCAGGACCAAGGCCCCGAAGAAGGAUCGUUGGGUGUCCGGAAAGCUCCUCAGAUCCUCCAGGCUGUGACUGUUGGAGAGGACCUUCAGAGAAUACCCGUUGCACAGAUUAAACAGGAACCGGGCGAAGGGCCGCUUCAGCAGUGGGAAGCCCAGUGGCAGGAGUUUCUGAAGACCGUGGAGGCUCCUCUGGCACACUGGACCGUGGGACCAUGUUUGGAGGAACCCCCAGAAGUCCCAUGGGAUGAUGUCAAGGCAUUCCUGGCUUCCUUCGAGCAAGUGGCCGCAGCCUGCCGGUGGCCCCGGGAAGAGUGGGCGGCCCGACUUCAGCCGGCCCUCCGAGGGGAGCCCGAGCGGGCUUUUCGCGCCUUGGAGAGUCAGGACAGAGAGAAUUAUGGGAAAGUGAAGGCCGCCAUCCUGCAAAGAGAUGCCCUGAACCGGGAGAAGCACCGCCAGCACUUUCGGCGCUUCUGCUACCAGGAAGCCGAGGGGCCGAGAGGGGCUUACGGCCGGCUGCGGGAACUCUGCCAGGGGUGGCUGAAGGUGGAGAGGCUCACCAAGGAGCAGAUCCUGGAGCUGCUGAUCCUGGAGCAGUUCCUGGCCGUCCUUCCCCCAGAGAUCCAGCACUGGGUACGGGAAGGUGGGCCCGAAACCUGCACCCAGGCGGUGUCCCUGGCGGAAGAUUUCCUGUUGAGGCAGCAGGAGUCCGACCAAUGGGAGCAACAGACAGCGAUCAAGUUUGCCAAAGCAGCCACCGGCUCCAUGAAGGCAGAGCUAGCUCCGUCCUCUCCCAGAGAGAGCCAUCUGCACAGGGAGGCCGAAGCAAAACAAAACCACGUGGUUGGGUUGCUGG